UUACAAAAUCCCCUCUCUCAGUCUCCCUCCCAAAUUUCCAUUUCUGCGUUCUCCUCUCAGUCGGGAACGCUCUAUCGCACCAUAGGAACUUGCAUUUGAGUAUUUGUUUUUUGGGAUUUUGUGAUGCAUAGAGAUGGAUCAAGAUCAACAGUGGCUGAUCAAUUGCUUGAACGCUUCACUCGAUCCCAAUCAUCAAAUUCGGACUUUUGCGGAGACUUCCCUCCAACAAGCGUCCUCUCAGCCAGGUUAUGGUGUUGCUUUAGCUAGAGUUGCUGCGAACCGGGAACUUCCAGUGGGAUUGAGGCAGUUAGCAGCAGUUUUGCUGAAGCAAUAUAUUAAAAAACACUGGACUGAGGAUGAGGAAGGCUUUGAGCAUCCUGUUGUUCUGACCAAUGAGAAGGUAUCCAUUCGUGGGCUACUCUUAGCAUCACUUGAAGAUCCUUCCAAGAAGAUUUGCACUGCAGUGAGUGUAGCUGUUUCUACAAUUGCACAGUAUGACUGGCCAGAUGAUUGGCCUGAACUACUUCCAUUCCUUCUAAGUUUAAUCCACGACCAAACUAAACAGAAUGCCGUUCAUGGGGCUUUAAGAUGCCUUGCACUUCUUUCCUCUGACAUGGAUGAUAAGAUGGUUCCUAGAAUUAUCCCUGUUUUGUUCCCAUGCUUGGCAACAAUUGUGUCAUCCCCUCUGAAAUAUGAAAAAAGUUUGAGGUCUAAAGCUCUCUCAAUUGUCUAUAAUUGUGCAUCCAUCCUUGGAGUUAUAAGUGGUGUCUACAAGACAGAAACUAGUGCCCUGUUGUUACCGAUGCUUCCACCUUGGAUGGAGCAAUUUUCAUCAAUAUUGAGGGAUCCAGUGCCAUCUGAAGAUCCGGAAGAUUGGAGCAUCAGAAUGGAGGUACUGAAGUGCUUAAAUCAGUUUGUUCAAAAUUUUCCAUCUGAAGUGGAAACACAUUUUGGAGUAAUUGUUGGGCCCUUGUGGAACACAUUUGUCUCGUCUUUGGAAGUGUACAAGCGAUCAUCUAUUGAAGGUGUAUUAGAUUCUUAUGAUGGGAGAUAUGAUUCUGAUGGUGUAGAAAAAAGCCUCGAGUCCUUCAUAAUCCAGCUAUUUGAAUUCUUAUUGACUCUUGUUGGAAGUCCAAGAUUUGGGAAGGUUGUUAAGAACAAUGUGAAAGAGUUGGUCUACUAUACCGUUGCUUUCCUUCAAAUAACGGAGCAACAGGUUCACACCUGGUCUUUGGAUGCUAAUCAAUAUAUAGCUGAUGAAGAUGAUAAUACUUAUAGUUGUCGUGUAUCCGGGACCAUUCUAUUGGAGGAGAUUAUAAAUUCUUUUGGAAUGGAAGGACUAGAUGCUGUUAUUGACUCUGUGAGGAGACGAAUAAGUGAGUCUCAAGAACUGAAAGAUAGUGGUUCCCCAGGAUGGUGGCUAUUGCGGGAGGCUGCCCUAUUUGGCUUGGCUUCUGUAUCAGAUCAGUUGACGGAAGUGGAGGUUUCUGCACCCACCAUUGGAAAUAUGUUAGAGAAGGUCUUAACUGAUGAUGCGGCAAUGGGCAUACAUGAAUUUCCAUUUUUGCAUGCUCGGUUAUUUUCAUCAGUUGCAAAGUUUUCCUCUGUGUUAAACCACCAGGUGACAGAGAAUUUUCUGUAUGCUGCUAUUAAGACAGUUGGCAUGGAUGUGCCGCCACCAGUGAAAGUUGGUGCUUGUCGAGCACUGUCUCAACUUCUUUCAGAUGCUAACAAAGGAAUUCUUGAACAACAUGCAUUGAGCUUAUUCUCAUCGCUUGUAGAUCUUCUUAAAAAUGCUUCUGAAGAGACAAUGCAGUUGGUACUUGAAACUCUACAAGCAGCUGUGAAGGCUGGCCAUGAAAUUACAGCAUCAGUUGAGCCUGUCAUCUCUCCUGUAAUACUUAACAUGUGGGCUUCUCAUAUUUCAGACCCUUUCAUCAGUAUUGAUUCUCUAGAGGUUUUGGAGGCAAUAAAAAAUGCUCCUGGAUGUAUUCACCCUCUGGUUUCUCGAGUUUUGCCUUACAUUGGACCAAUCCUCAGUAAUACACAACAACAAACUGAGGGAUUAGUAGCUGGUUCUUUGGAUCUUGUUACAAUGUUAGCAAAGAAUGCUCCUACUGAUGUCCUAAAGGCAGUGUAUCAAGUAUCCUUUCAUUCUGUUGUCCGGAUAGUCCUUCAGAGUAAUGAUCACAGUGAGCUGCAGAAUGCCACCCAGUGCCUAGCCGCUCUUGUAUCCGGUGGAAAACAAGAUAUGCUGACCUGGUUUGGUGAUCCUGGAUCAACAAUGAGAAGUUUACUUGAUGUGGCUUCAAGGCUUCUGGACCCAGGGUUGGAGAGUUCCGGAUCACUUUUCGUGGGCAACUACAUUUUACAACUUAUUCUACAUCUGCCUGCUCAAAUGGCACAGCAUAUCAGGGACCUUGUGAUUGCACUUAUCAGACGGAUGAAAUCAUCUCAAAUUGCUGGUCUGAAGUGUUCACUGCUUCUAAUUUUUGCUAGACUGGUACACAUGAGCGUGCCACAUGUUGAACAAUUCAUUGACUUGUUGGUCUCGAUCCCAACUGAAGGCCAUCAAAACUCCUUUGCUUAUGUAAUGUUCGAAUGGACCAAACUGCAAGGUGAAAUUCAAGGAGCUUAUCAAAUUAAAGUGACGACUACGGCUCUGGCUAUAUUGCUCUUGACCAGGCAUGUCGAGUUGGGGAACAUCAAAGUUCGGGGCCAUUUAAUUCAGUCUGCUGCAGGGAUAACCACGCGAUCCAGAGCUAACAAAACACCUGACCAGUGGACCGAAGUUCCACUUCCGGCCAAGAUUCUUGCACUGCUGGCGGAUGCAUUGCUGGAAAUCCAAGAACAAGUGGAUGCAGAUAAUGAGGAUAGCGAUUGGGAAGACGUUCAAAAUGGAGAGGCAGGAGAGCACACCAAUUUUCUAUAUUCCGCUGAUCAAACAUCACAUAGCAGACCUACAUACGGAUAUCUCGAAGCCAUGGCAAAGGUUUUCAAUGAGGAACAAGAAGACGACUAUGAUGAUGAGCUCCUCAGCAACGCAGACCCCUUAAACGAGAUCAAUUUGGUCACCUAUCUCGUCGAUUCAUUGGCGAAGUUCUCCGAGGCUGACAACGGGGCAUAUUUCCAACAUGUUUUCCAGAGUUUAACAAAGCCUCAGCAGAAUGCAAUCGAAUUGGUUUUAAGACAAUGAAUAAUUGUCUUCCGGUGCUGUGUGUUGUGUGCCUUUUUUACAUUUUUAAUUAUUCUUUUUUUGGGGUUUUACUACACCAACAUUUACAGGCUAUUGUUUGAAUAUAAAAAAUUUAUUAUAUUCGUUAUUGUUUGAUU